AUGGGUCCAGUCCUCUCUUCAACACCCAUAAACAUCUACCUUAUAUGGUAUGGCCGAUGGGCUAAUUCUCAAAAACUUCUCAUCAAAGACUUCCUUAACUCCAUCUCCCCAACCACUGUCGCCGCCAAGCCCUCCGUCUCUGACUGGUGGCGCACUGUGUCUUUGUACACGGAUCAAACUGGAGCUAAUGUCUCCCGUUCGAUGCUCAUAGCUGGUGAAUACAGUGACAGUGCUUAUUCACAUGGGAAUGGCCUGACAAGACUAACAAUCCAACAAGUGAUAGCCUCAGCAGUAAAGUCUGCACCUUUCCCAGUAGAUCACAAGAAUGGGAUCUACCUCAUAUUGACCUCACAAGAUGUGACUAUGCAAGACUUUUGUAGGGCAGUGUGUGGAUUUCAUUACUUUACAUUCCCAUCGAUGGUGGGCUACACAUUGCCUUAUGCCUGGGUCGGUAACUCAGGCAAACAAUGUCCUGAAGUAUGUGCUUACCCUUUUGCCGUCCCUGGUUACAUGGGUGGAGGUGGGCCAGGAUCCUUGAAGCCACCAAAUGGGGAUGUGGGUUUGGAAGGAAUGAUCAGUGUUAUCGGCCAUGAGCUUGCAGAAUUGUCUUCAAAUCCUUUGGUGAAUGCUUGGUAUGCCGGAGAAGAUCCAACAGCACCGACUGAGAUAGGGGAUUUGUGUGAAGGGUUGUAUGGGACAGGUGGUGGUGGUGGGUAUAUAGGGCAGGUCAUGAGAGAUAGGCAAGGCAAGACCUUCAAUUUGAACGGUAGAAGAGGGAGGAAGUUCUUGGUGCAAUGGAUCUGGAGCCCUGAGUUGAAGGCAUGUUCUGGUCCUAAUGCUUUGGACUGA